UGACACUCGCCCAGAAAAAUUGGUGAAAUCCAAGUGGACGGACAUAUAAACUUUUCUUCUUCUUCUCGACGGCCCGGAAUUCUUUUAUUCGUGUGAUCCGGUGGGACGAAAACGGACACUUUUUAUUUUUCUAAUUCCGGAACUACUAAAACUAAAUCGACACUCGGAUAUGUUGCGUCAUUUAGUUUAAGUGACGGUGUGGCAUAUUUUAGUGUUGGCCCAGCAAUUGGCUGCAAGUCGUGAAUCUUCUCCUGCCCGUCGUUGCUGUGAAUUGUUUGUGUGUUUGUCUAUACUGCUGGGCGGAUGUCAUUUGCAUAUCGCACUUGGCCGGACAGAGAAUGAUGCCGUGCCGAAUCACUUGCGGCCGCCACUGCAGUUGAUUUUCCGUUUCAACAACAACAACAACAGACCAAAGAGACGGACCGAAACAUUUUCCAGCCCAGCAAAGCAUCAGAGCUUAUAGAGAGAAAUACUCUCCCGGCUGGUUGGUUUACGUCGUCAGCUGCUCUUCACACUCGACUAAACUUCGCUCUCUUCCAAAAGUGUCAUUUCCAUUUGGCCGCUCCCCUCCCCUUUGCUCUUGCCCGUCGUGUCCUACACUCCCGCAAAACACCCGCAACUUUUUCGUUCCAAUUUUAUUCUAUUUCCAUCACAACGUGGAAACCCGACCAGACUGUGUCAUAGAUAUCGGCUCUAUAAUAGAGAGAAAGAGAUAUUUUUCGAUGAGAGUGAAAGUGAACCGGGCCAGCUGGUGAGUUCCGACAAUCACUUUGCCCGCAGCAUCGUCGUUCGGAUUCACAAAGUGCUCCUGCCGCUAUUCUCCUGGUGAAUAAUAUCUAACCGGAAUUUCGUCACAGUUUGUUCUGCUGGUGGUGGCGGAUCGAAGAAAAUCAACUUUGGUUCGCUGGCUGGAAGGAUGUUGUUGAUUUUCUACCUAUCAGUUUUGCAGCUUCUCUUUCACGGUUCGUUAGCGCUGCGGAUCAUUGGCGUCGUGGUGCCGUCGGAGGUGGUGGCCGGCCGGGACGCCCUUCUUCAGUGUCAUUACGAUCUGGAGGGCAGCUCCUUGUACGCCCUCAAAUGGUACAAAGGAUCGCACGAAUUCUAUCGGUUCAUCCUGAAAGAAGUGCCGCCCGUCCAGACUUUCCCCUGGUCCAGCAUCACCAUUCACCAUGAGGAAACUCGCAGCCGGUUGUUCGCAGCUCCGCUGGCCGGCAGGGUCCUGCUGAGGAACGUGACAGCGGCAGCCGAAGGCGUUUACAAAUGCGAAGUCUCAACGGAGGCUCCUUACUUCGACACGGAUUACGAAGAGGCUAAUCUCUCCGUCGUCGAAGUGACAAGCGAGAAUCCGAUUAUCAGCUGGUUGCAGGGCCGGCUCGAUUGGGAGUACGACGACGUCUUCCAUUUCAAGUGCUCUAUGAACGGCACCCGCCCGGCUAGUCAACUCUCCUGGCUCCUCAACGGCCAACCGGUUCCAUCAUCCAUGAUCGAACCCUACGAUCCAGUGCUCAUUAAAAGCGACACGACAUCUUCGGCGUCGGUGGCGUCGGGUUAUUCCGGCCCGGCCCGGUUGCUGUACAGCGCCCAGCUGGGACUUCGCUUCAAGCUGCAGCCGCAUCUUUUCCUGUCGCCGCUGGGCGCCCAGCACUCGGUGACGGGCUCAUCCGAUCAGUUGGAGUUGACGUGCGUCAGCCGAGUGGGUGGACUCCGCAAGGGCGGCGAUGUCCUUGUCGAAGGCCGGGCCAAGUGGGUUAUUCGCCAUCCGGCCAAAGACGACGACGACGGCCUCGGUGGUGGCAGUUCUUCCAGCAGCGGAAUUAGGCGGCAGGCCGCUCAAACUGUCGAUAACUGGGCCGGCAUCAGCAGCCGGGAUGACGUUGAUUACGACGAUGAUGUCGACGUCGAUCAAUUGGGCGGAGUCGGUGGAAGGAGGAGCAAAGAGAAAAUCCAACCCAAAGAAAAGGAAAACGACGACGUGGAAGAUGAUGAAGAAGAAGAUGCUCAAUCCAUUUCCGAUUCCGAGAACCCGUCCCGUCGGACUCAGCCCGUCGUCGGAUCGCAUCCAGGUCGAGUCAAUAACAAAAGCAGUGCCAUCAACAGUAGUAACAAGACGACUGGAGGGCCGGCAGCACUCGUCGGAUUCCAGCACGUCUUCCUUCUCUCGGCCGGCAGUUUGACGAUCCUCAUUUUACGCUCCGUUGCCGUCGGCUUUUGAUGUUUUCCUUUACCGUAUUCCUUUUUCCACCCACCCACCACCGUUUGAUAAUAUCUCUCAUCUUGUUUGGGUUUUGAUUUUCCUCCCCCCCUUCGAUUUUUGUACGUAUACAUAUAACAUAAUACAAUCUAUAUAUAUAUAUCUAUAUAUAAUGAGAUAUCAAUCUCUCUCUCGUCUACUCGUUUGUGUGUUGAGAUAACAAAAACAGCCAUACAUAUUACAUAUACCUAUUGCGCCAUAUGCAACCUGAUUGGAUUCUUCUUUGAUAUGUUUGUGAUGCGGUCCCCCAGCCCCGGGGGGAUAACUGAAAAGAAAGGAAAUCAAUGAAACGAUAUACUAUUAUUACAAUUAAAAAGAUAAAUGAAUAAGAAAAAAAACAAAACCAAAC